AUGUAUAACAACAGAAUAUUGUAUACUAUAUUUUUUAUUUCAUUGCUGGUGAUUGUUGCUAUUGGUGGUGCCGACUACUACCAAAUUCUUGGAGUCGGUCGUGACAGUACACCAACAGAGAUAAAGAGAGCCUACCGUAAACUCUCGUUGAAAUAUCAUCCCGAUAAGAAUCAGGACAAGGAUGCGCAAGCGAAAUAUCUCCAGGUCAACGAGGCCUACGAUUGUCUCUCGGACGCUGACAAACGUCGUACCUACGAUCAGUACGGUGAGGAGGGACUGAAACGUCAACAGAAUGGAAACGGUGGUCACGGUGGUGGCGGUUGGGACAUCUUUGGCGAUCUCUUUGGUUUCGGAGGACGUCAGCAGGGUGGCGGCCAACAAAUGCAACAGCGUGGCGCCGACAUUGAGUUGGAGUUGGAAGCAUCGUUGAAGGACCUCUACCUCGGUAGAACCACACGUGUCACUCACAAGAAGCAAGUUCUCUGUCACAAAUGUCGUGGUACCGGUGCCAAGAAUGCCGACGACGUCACCACGUGCUCCGGCUGCAAGGGUAGCGGAAUCAAGACAAAGAUCCAGCAGUUGGGUCCAGGUUUCGUACAACAGAUGCAAACUACGUGCGACGAGUGCGGUGGCAAAGGAAAGAAGACAACAUCCAAGUGUCCACACUGCCAAGGCAAGAAGGUGGAGACUGGCGAAGAGACCUACACCGUCGAGAUCGAGCGUGGCAUGUCCGAGGGACAGACUAUCAAGCUCGAGGGCAUGGGAGAGGAAGCACCCGACACCACACCGGGAGAUGUUAUUUUCAGAAUCGUUCAGAUUCCACACAAGGAUUUCUCGCGUUCCGGUGACAACUUGCACUACAAGAUGUCGAUUUCACUGCUGGAGGCACUCACCGGCUUCGACAAGGAGAUCGAACACCUCGACAAACACAAAGUUCGUGUACAACGUAAGGAGGUAACCCGUCCAGGUUUCAUUUUACAGAUUCCAAACGAAGGUAUGCCACAUCACGAUUUCGCAUCGCAAACCGGUAAUCUCUUUAUUGAAUUCACAGUGAUCUUCCCAACCACAAUAACUGAAGAACAAAAAUCAGAUAGAUAA